UUUUGAGACGUGGGAACCGGUGACUUAAGAGUUCCCGCCGCCUUUAUGAUAAACGGAGAUUGCGGCAUGAGGCAUAAGUAGCGCCAAAAGUUCCUUUGCGGGAAGGCGAGGCAGAACUACAGGGAUCAUGGCAAACCCCGCCGGCUUGGACUUUGCUGCAGUGGAAGGCUUCUUAGACAGACACCCGGAGCUGGUGGAGAAGUGGCUGAAGAGGAGAACCGCCCUCCUUAGCAAAGCAGCUCCCACGGGAGCGCUUGACCUCAGCGACGGUGGGGCGGAAAGGCAGCCAAGUAGCCGCCACAACGGCCUGUCGCCGCGGAGCAGCCCCUCGUCCACAGUCCCGCCGGGCCUGGAGCCGGCGGCCGGCGAGCUGCAGCGCCGAGCGUCCCAGAAAGAGCUGAGGAAAAGUUUCGCGCGCUCCAAGGCCAUCCACGUGAACCUGACCUACGACGAGCACCUCCACGCCAGGGCUCAGGAGCCGCUGAGCAGCGCGAGGAGAAGGGCGCUGCUGAGAAAGGCCAGCUCGCUGCCGCCCACCACGGCGCACCUGCUCAGCGCUCUGCUCGAGUCCCGGGUCAACCUGCCCCAGUACCCGCCCACCGCCCUGGACUACAAGCGCCACCUGAAGCAGCACAACGAGCGGCAGUUCUUCCUGGAGCUCGUCAAGGACAUUUCCAACGAGUUGGACCUCAGCGCGCUCAGCUACAAGAUCCUCAUCUUCGUCUGCCUUAUAGCGGACGCCGAGAGGGGCUCUCUUUUCCUGGUGGAAGGCGGCGGGAAGAAGAGCUUGGUCUCUAAGGUCUUCGACGUGCACGGCGGCACCCCCGUCCUGCCUUGCUACAGCACGGAGAACUACAACGAGAUGCAGCUGCUCUGGGGCAAAGGCAUCAUCGGCUACGUAGCCGAGCGCGGCGAGACCGUGAACAUCCCCGACGCUUACCAGGACCACCGCUUUAAUGACAAGAUUGACAAACUGACAGGAUACAAGACCAAGUCAUUGCUCUGCAUGCCUAUAGGAAACAGCGAGGGUGAAAUCAUUGGAGUUGCACAAGUGAUAAAUAAAACUCCUGGAGGUAUUCCCUUCACUGAUGAUGAUGAAAAAAUGUUCGAGUUCAAAGAUGAGAAGAAGGUAGUCAUCUCUGAUGGUUCAGGAGCCACUCAUUAUGGACUCCCUGUAGAGAGCUGUCUUCUUGACAAAGAAAAGAGGGUGUACUGGGAGUGGGAAGGAGUGGCAUAG